AAUUCCAGGAGGCCUUCUCCAUCUUCGACCAGAAGGGUGAUGGCAAGAUCCAAGUGUCUCAGAUCGGGGAGGUCCUGAGAGCCCUGGGCCAGAACCCCACCGAGUCCGAGGUCAAGAAGCUCUCUCACCAGCACAGACCAGAUGAGCGCAUCAGCUUCGAGGUGUUCCUGCCCAUCAUGCAGACCAUCUCCCGUCAGCGCCCAGUCGACACCGCAGAUGACUUCAUCGAGGGCCUGCGUCACUUCGACAAGGAUGGCAAUGGCUACAUCUCCUCUGCUUGAG